AUGGCUUCUUCGGGGGCUCAAAGACGAGUUUGGGUGAAGAGGGUGAGCGGGUAUCCCACAUCAAUCAUGACGAGUAGAUAUGACAUAGUGGAUGAUCUUAAGGCGGCAGCCUUUUCAAAAUAUCCGAAUACAUUGGCUAAAAUGUACGACUCUUCAGAAAUUCGAAUUUUUGUGGUUCUUCAGAAACGAGAACAAAUGCAAGGGAACAAAAACUUGAAAAGUAAGGCACUCAUGAAUAGAUUGAAAAACGAGUCUAACGAUGAUCCAAACUACAGAAAUUCUAUGCUGAAUGAUAUAAUUAGUGAUACUUCACUUGCAUUACUUGAGCCUGACAAAAAUGUUUGGGAAGUUUUAGAUGAGUAUUUCGAAAGUGACAUGAGGAUGUCUGAUGCAUUUUUAAUCGACGCAACAAGAGAAAAACUCCCCCAAAUUCUGAGCAAGACAAACUUCAGCGAAGAAAACCUCGAUGAUAUUCGUCGCAAAGAUUUUGAGAAGAAUUUCUCUCCAUCUCCCAGUCAUUCGAGUCUAAAACAAUCAAGUUUGGCGAUGUCAACCUUGCAAACCCCAAAACUGCACAAUCCUCAUCAGAAUUCAAAGGUCCUCGAAAAACACUCGCCAGAUUUUGCUAGACAAUCAAUGGAUGCUUCUUCAUUUGGGCUGAAUCAUAAACGCUCCGGGUCUAGCCCCUCGCAGUCACCAAUCUCGUUGACAACACAAUCAAAAAACAAUAACUCACGAGCUGUUCUUCUUCUUCCAAGAAACUUUUCCCUUGGUGAGCAAAGUUCACUAAAAAAAUUAGGCGAAAACAUGAUCCACAGACCAGGCUAUAAAUCCAAAAGUGUUAUGAGCACUCCGGAGGAUACCACCGAGAAAAAAUCUGCUCUGAAUAGCGAAACUAAUGGUUCUAUAGAAGAAUCGGAGGAAAAAAACGAAGAGUUUUUGGCUCCAACAGAUGAAAAGAGCGACAAGACGGCAUCAAAAAAGGUUCUCAAUCAACAGGAAUCCAGACGUCCAAAGGUCGAUAAAACGUUGAAUACUUCAACAUUUGAGCAGGUGCUACCGUCGAUAUCAGUUUUAGUCGUGGAGGAUAACUCAAUCAACCAAGCAAUUCUUGGUGCAUUUCUCAGAAAGCAUAAAAUCCAUUAUCAAAUUGCUAAAAAUGGUCAAGAAGCUGUAGAUAAAUGGAGAAAAGGUGGAUUUCAUUUGGUUCUCAUGGAUAUACAGCUACCGGUAAAGUCGGGCAUAGAAGUCACAAAAGAGAUACGACUACUUGAAAGAAUAAAUCGAAUAGGUGUAUUUGCUCAACACGAAUUGAGCAAUAGCCAUGCCACAGGGAAUUUGGAAAUACGUGAGGAUCAGAAGCUAGAUCUCAAUAUGUUCAGGUCUCCCGUGAUCAUAGUGGCUCUCACUGCAUCUUCAAACUCAUCUGUUGAUCGAAAAAAUGCCCUAACUGCUGGAUGCAAUGAUUAUUUGACUAAGCCAGUCAAUCUCGUUUGGUUACAAAAUAAGAUUACUGAAUGGGGAUGUAUGCAAGCUUUGAUAGAUUUUGAUGGUUGGAGAUGUAAAGGCAAUUCCAAAACUUUAUCUUUGAGCAAAGGCGUAUCUUCUACGUGA